CUCAGUGGUGGCGGCGGCACUGCAUAUAUAUCCCUCGCUCGAUGGGUAUGGAGUGUCUUGCCGCCGCUCCGAGCAUAGCUCUCUCCAGGCACGAAGGGAGUCCUCCUCAACCGCUUCAACGCGCUUUUCGCUCACUCUUUAAUAGGCAAACCGUCCCCGAGGACGCUCCUUUCCCCUCCAAUGCGUGCCGCACUCUUUCUCCUCCUCCUCCCGCUGCUCCAGAGUUCAGUUUACCAGCAUGCUACUGGAUCAGAGCUAAGCGUGACAAAAGAUGAGCAAAACAUGCCCAACUCGAACACAUUCAACGUAUCUUCCACUGAUCGGUUAUCAUCAGGAGUUGAGGCUGAAGAGGCUGAGGAUAAUGUGAAGGAAGUGAGAGAAUCUCAGUUCCUUGUGAAUGAUGCAGGAAGAGAGAAACCACCCAUUAAGAAUCCAGCAAAUUUAGAUGGUGGAAAAAAGAACCCUAACAAACCCAAAAGAAAAGGAAACGAGAAGAAAACUAAAAGGAAAACUAAAACUCCAUGCGAAGGAAAAUAUAAAGGUUUUUGUGUUCAUGGUGAAUGCAGAUACAUUGAACAGUUUCUAAUACCUGUUUGCACAUGCCACCCAGAUUACUUUGGUGAACGUUGCGUGGAACAGUUUUUGAAGACAAAAAGAACCAAUGAUGAAACAAGUGUCUUAAAAAUAGAAGUUGUGAUAGUAUCAAUUUUCUUUGCGAUGAUCAGUUUUGCCAUCAUUAUAAUUGUCAUCACUGAACAGGUAAGAAAAAAAUGCACUAACUAUAAUGAAAUAAAGGAAAGGAGAAAUGGAAUUCCCAGUAGUAAUGUCUAAAAAAAUAAAUAAAUGAAGAUAAUAAAAGAAGCUGUCGCUGAAGCACAUACUAAUUCAUGGAGGCAUCUCUGAAAAAUCCAAAUCAAGAAAUCAAGGCAGUUAACCUGAAACUUUAUUUGCCACCAAGCCCGAGGUGUGCUGCAAGGAGGGUGAUCCUUUUUUUCUGGGCAAUAGCCAGCAUGCGACCGCACAGGCAGGAAUGAACAGCUUUGGUUUCACACCCGAGCCAGCACACCAGCCAGCGCUGCUCAGUUGUAGGAGAAUACCGAAUGGCUGCUGCCCCACAUACUUCGUUUUUGCACAUGUUACCUUUGGCAGAGAUGAACUGAUUGAGAGAGUAUGUGAGAAAGCAUGAAUUUGAAAGGCACUUGUGAUUGUAUUCUUUGCUGUGUUCCACACACACCCAUGAAGGUGAAAGGCAGAAAUGGAGCUGGCUUUGAGUAAGUCUCUCACGCUGCUUAAAGAGCUCAAUGACUCCUAACCGGGACAAACGGUACAGGGUGUGCCUCGUUUCUCCCACGCCUCCAACCUUGUCAUCUGGAGGAUUCCCGCUUGCUCGAUGAAAAUGUGCCAGGCAAGAAGUGCCAGUGUUGAAUGCAGUUUUGUCUCAUUGGAAAAUACAUAAGCAAUUGGAGCAGCUUCCAAGUUGCUGCUCUGGUUUUAAAACAUGUGUUUGGGGAAAUGCAAUCAGUUUGCAAAAUUAUCAACCAACAGAGUUAUUCGUUGGUGGCUUUGUUUCCUGAGAUUAGUCUAGUCCUUAACAUCUGCAACCUAACUAUUCCAGAGUGUUCAGUUUUCCCUUUAAUGUUUUAAGGUGGGGGAAUGACCUAGUAUUUCAGCAAUAAGAAUUGUGAGGUUUUGUUAAUGUAAAGACUAUUUUAAACAAAUGCAUUGUUGUUGUUGUUGUUGUUGUUUCUCAUGCUUGUUCCCCCUGGCUCUUAUCUAUUACCAUAUCAAUAUACUAGUAAUUUAACAUGUAACCAGCAUCUGUAUAGCUAACUGGUCUUCUUCCCUCUGCCCCCCUCCACUUAGCUCUGAAUUAAAUCCUACACCAGUACAUUUGAUUGAGUGAACUGCAGCUGAUGAAAACUUAUGCCAUUAAUAACACCUUUUCCAACUAAGAAAUUCUAUCAGAUUCCAGAUUUCAUAACGAACAAACACUAACUAACUAGUGAGAACUGCUUCUCCCCCAUUUUUUCUGGGAAGAACAAGUAUUGCUCUGAGCCAAGCUUUUGCUAAAAUUGAGAUCUUCUACCAUAUAAGAGCAAAUAAUGAAACUAUGUGUGUGUGUGUGUGUGUGUGUGUGUAUGUGUAUGUGUGUGUAUAUAUAUACUUACUUCGUCGUAGGAUUUAUGUGGGUUUUUCUUUUAGCCAGGUUUUUCCUACGUAGAAAAACCUUGGUUACAUAGGAAAAACCUGGCUAAAAGAAAUAUAUAUAUAUAUAUAUAUAUAUACUGUAUAUAUAUAAAACAGAGAUACAAUAUUUAUUAAAAAAAACAAAGAUCAACGUGAACACACUACUGUACUAUCAACUUCCAGGGAUUUUUCUUUAAAGAGUGUUAAAGAGCAAGAUAAAGCAUGUUGAAUUCAGUUUGCAAUAUUAUUAGCUUCAAUGUUUUUUCUCUACAGAUAUAAAUUGUUUUCACAAAGAGGCACCUUUAAAUCAAGUUAUAGUUCUAUGCACAUGUUUAGGUAAACUAUGAAAUGUAAUUGGAUUUAUAUCAGAAUAAUCUACAUAGCUUUAUGUUAGUUGACAAUAGCUUGUAUGUAAGAUAAACAUAGUUUUUAAAUUUUUUUAAUGUAAAUAUGUAAGUAUAGAGUUCUAUUUCUGUAAAUGUGAUUCUUAUCUUAUUUAAUAUAUUCACACAACUCUAAUGACUUAUUUAUUUUAUAAUUUUUCUACACAAAUAAAAAACAGCUGUAAUUUA